AUGAGCGACGACGACUCUUUGAUGGGCUCCGUCUUCUCCGAUGACGGCAGCUCCGAUUUCAUGACCGACGAAGCUCCCAAGCCCAAGAAGGCCGCGAAGAAAGCAGCCCCCAAAAAAGCGCCAGCAAAGAAAGCAGCUGUCAAGCCGAAGAAGAAGGCCAAGGCCGACAGCGAAGACGAGAUGUCGGAUCCUGAUGACCCCCUAGACGUGGACUCCGUGCUCUCGCAGACACCACCGAAGAAGGUCCCUGCAGCUGCGACAAAGAAGAGCGGCUUCAAACCGCUCGCCGAUGUCGAAAAUGAAUCGAUCCCAAUUGACGAUGUGGAUGCAUCCGAGGAAGUAAAAGCGUCUAGCAAAUACCAAAAGUUGAAUCUCCGUGAACAUAUCACAAUCCGCCCAGACUCUUAUAUCGGCUCAGUUGAGCGGACCACACAGGAAAUGUGGGUGUACAAUUCCGAGAUUGACGGGAUGGAGUUUCGGGAAGUCUCCUACGUUCCCGGUUUAUACAAAAUCUUCGACGAAAUUGUUGUCAACGCGGCCGAUAACAAGCAGAAUGACGAUAACAUGGACGAGAUUAGAGUAACUUACAGCCGGGAGACCAAUGAAAUCAGUGUUUGGAACAACGGUAAAGGCAUUCCGGUGGAAAUGCACGAAGAGCACGGAAUGUACAUCCCUCAGUUGAUUUUCGGUAAUCUUUUGACGUCCUCCAACUACGAUGAUGCCAAGGAGAAGAUCACUGGGGGUCGAAACGGUUUCGGUGCUAAGCUUUGUAACGUCUUUUCUACCGAGUUCACAGUCGAAACUCAGGAUUCGAAACAGAAGAAACGAUACCUCCAGACUUGGACAGACAAUAUGCAAACUGUGGGCAAACCUAAGAUCACCGCUGCUAAGGGAUCCGACUUCACAAGGGUAACAUUCAAGGCCGACUUUCCCAGGUUUGGCAUGGAUGGCAUCGAUGACGAUUUUGAGGCGCUUAUCAAGCGACGAGUCUACGACCUGGCUGGUACCACGGGCGUGACAGUCAAGCUAAAUGGAACCCGUUUGCCCGUCCGAAAUUUCAAAAAGUACAUGGAAAUGUACACGAAAGCCAUCCGUCGAGAGCGCGGUGAUGACGACUCCAAAAGCGAUCCAAUCAUCACUUGCUCUCCUCAUCCUUACUGGGAAAUAGGAUUUGCCGUGUCUGAUGGCUCUUUCAAACAGGUCUCCUUCGUCAACUCUAUCGCCACAACAUCCGGAGGCACCCACGUAAACUACAUUGCAGACCAGAUUGCCGGUAAACUGUCUGAAUCCCUCAAAAAGAAUAAGAAGGGGACAGGUUCAAUCCUGAAGCCAGCGCAGAUUCGGAAUUACUGCUUCCUUUUUGUCAAUGCCAAGAUUGUCAACCCGGCUUUUAGCUCACAAACGAAGGAGCAGUUGACGACGAAGCAGACUCAGUUCGGAAGCAAGCCAAUUCUUGACGAGUCUUUCCUUAAGAAAGUGGCCAACUCCGGUGUUCUGGAUUCCCUCAAGAGGUUUGCUGAUCACAAGGCCGACUUGAUGCUUAAGAAGUCUGACGGCGGUCGGCGAAGUCGCAUGAAUAACCCAAAAUUGACCGACGCAAACCGGGCAGGUACCAAGGAUGGCUACAAAUGUACCCUCAUUUUGACGGAAGGGGAGUCUGCAAAGGGUCUGGCUAUGGCAGGCCGUGCUGUGGUCGGUGCAGAUCUUUUUGGUGUCUAUCCGCUCCGUGGAAAGAUGCUUAAUGUGCGAGAUGCCUCCUUCGAUCAAAUCUCCAAGAACGAAGAAAUUCAAAGCAUUAAGAACUUCAUGGGUUUACAGCACAAGAAAGAAUACACAGAUACUAAAGGGCUUCGCUACGGUCAUUUGAUGAUCAUGACUGAUCAGGAUCAUGAUGGUAGCCACAUCAAGGGCUUGCUCAUCAACUUUCUUGAAGCUCAAUUUCCGAGUUUGCUGAAGAUUCCUGAGUUUUUGAUCGAGUUCAUUACGCCCAUCGUCAAAGUCUGGAAAGGCGACAUCAAAGACCCGACGAAGCAACACUCAUUCUUCACUAUCCAGGAGUACAAUGCUUGGAAGGAAAAGCAUGGUCACGAGCGCGGAUGGGAGCACAAGUACUACAAGGGUCUGGGUACCAGCAGUACCGAGGAGGCCCAGGAGUACUUCCGUGAUCUCGACCGACACCUGAAGGAGUUCCAUGUCAUGCAAGACAAAGAGCAUGAACUGAUUGAGCUUGCCUUUUCUAAGAAGAAAGUCGAGGAACGCAAAGAAUGGCUCCGCCAAUACAAUCCCGACACGUUCAUGGACCACUCCGUGGCCAAAAUCAGUUACACUGAUUUUAUCAAUAAUGAGCUGAUCCAGUUCAGUAUGGCUGAUAACUUGCGAUCGAUUCCAUCGAUGGUUGAUGGCAUGAAACCUGGUCAACGAAAAGUCAUGUACACGGUUAUGAAGCGUAACAUCAAAAAGGAUGUGAAGGUGCUUGACCUUACUGGUCAAGUUUUCAGUUUGACUGCGUACCAUCACGGUGAUGCCUCCAUGCAUCAGACCAUCAUUGGGUUGGCACAAGACUUUGUCGGAUCGAAUAACGUUAAUACCCUGGAGCCCAGCGGUAACUUCGGUAGUCGUCUGAAAGGUGGUGCUGAUGCCUCCAGUGCCCGUUAUAUUCACACUCGACUUUCUCCAUUCGCCCGCAAAAUAUUUCACCCGCACGACGACCCCAUUCUCAAAUACUUAGAGGAUGAUGGUAAAGAAAUUGAGCCAUGGGUAUAUGUCCCCGUCGUCCCAAUGAUUCUCAUCAACGGCGCAGACGGUAUCGGCACAGGUUGGAGCACUUCGAUCCCAAACUACAAUCCAGAGGACAUCGUCGAUAACCUGAAGCGGAUGAUAAGGGGCGAAGAAAUAAAGCCAAUGCAACCCUGGUUCAAGGGCUUCAAAGGUGAAGUCACUCAGCUGGGACCCGACAAAUACAAGUUCAGUGGACUCAUUAAGCAAGUCUCGGACAAGGAGCUGGAAGUUACGGAACUUCCAAUUCGGACAUGGACGCAGGACUUUAUCAAUAAGCUUGAAGAAAUGAUCAAGGCCGACAAGGCGCCCUCUCUGAUUAAGGACUACAAGGACUACAACACCAAUUCUGACGUUCACCUCGUUCUUCAGUUGGACGAGAAGAAUGUGAAGGAGCCUCUGACGCAGGAGUUCUUGGAGGAAAAAUUCAAGCUCUCCAAGACAAUCGCAACUACAAACCUGGUUGCCUUCAAUGCCGAAGGUCAGAUGACCAAAUACCCUAACGUCGAGGCUAUCCUGGAGGAGUUCUAUAGGCUUCGGCUAAAGUUCUAUGGAAAACGCAAACAACACCAACUCGACCAACUCCAGAUUGAACUCGAGAAGCUGACCAAUCAGGCACGAUUUGUCCAGAUGAUCAUCGACGGAGAUUUGGUUGUUUCUAAGAAGAAGAAGAGUGUCCUUGUCAAGGAGUUGGACAGCUUGGGCUUUAAGAGAUUCAACAAAACUGCCGACGCCGCUAAGGCUGGUGAAACCGAGAAGGUUAUUGAAGCGUCGGAAGACGAGGACACUGAAGCUCAGGACGAUACGCAGGACCUUGCUCAUGCCUUCGAUUAUCUCUUGGGAAUGGCCAUUUGGUCCUUGACUCAGGAGCGAGUAGAAAAGUUGCGCCGCCAGAUUGGCGAGAAGGAGCACGAGAUUGACGAAUUGAUUAAGUUGUCAAGUGAAGAUAUCUGGCUGCGCGACCUCGAUGAGUUCAUCAAUGAGUGGCGAUUCCAGCUGUCUGAAACAGACCGCCGCCGUCGUGGCCAACAGAAGAAGGGCCGCCGAGUCUCUACGAAGCUUGCGACGGCAGCCCGUGCUGUCGGCGGAAAGAAGCGCAAGGCUGCGGGCGAUGAUUCGGAUGACGAUUUUGUUGUUUCAAAGUCCAAGAAAAAAGCAGCGGCAAACAAGACCGAGCCGGCAGGCGGAAUCAUGAGCUUUUUGAAGAAGACACCGAAACCAGAGCCCGCCGCCAACGACUCAGAUAGCGACUCAGAUUUUGGUUUUGGCAUUGAAGAAGUCAUGCCGAAGAAGAGCAGGGGCCCUGUGAAAGCAUCCCCACAAUUAAAGGAUGAGGACGGCGAUCUCGAUAUGGAAGCCUCUGAAGUUGAAGUCGCGCCCAAAAAGAGUCGUGGCCCUCCUAAGGCAGCCCCCAAGGCGGCAGCGAAGCUGAAAGAUGAAGACAAAGAUGAGGACGAGCCCAAGGUAAAGCCAGUAACGAAGAGGGGCCGACCAGCCAAACCAAAGCCUAAGGAUGACGACAGCGACGGUCUUGAUGAUGACGAAUUUAUGGAAAUCGCCAAAGCUGAAGCCGCCAAGACCGCCCCCCCUCGUGCUGGCCGCAAGGCUGCACCCAAGUACACAUUGGAUGACUCGGACAGUGACAACGGCGAUGAUUUGCUUGGCGAUGUCAGCAAGAUGGUUAAGGGCAUUGGUGGCGCAGCUGGUGGAUCUGCCACGGACUCGCGACAACUCUUCUCGGAACUCUCGCGACCUGGUAGCAGCACGGGCCUGCCUACUAAUUCGAAGACUUCCAAGUUUGAUAACGACUUUGAUGCGGACGAAACCGACUACAGCAAGCUCAUCCCUCAAAACUCCCCACGCCGUUCCCUUCAGGUUAAGCCUAAAGACGUGAAGGCGUCAGAGAGUAUCGACUUGGACGACGAAGAGGACAAGCCCAUCAAGCCCGCUAAGACUAAGGCUGCUCCAAAGGCCAAGGCUGCGCCAGCUCCAAAGGCAGGCACAGGUAAAGGCCGCGGCCGUCCAAAGAAGGAUGCCACGGCCACCGCUUCUUCCCUCAAACAGACGACCCUGUCGCCAGCAGCCAAGGCAUAUGCGUCGAAGCAAGCAAAGGGGGCCUCUACAGCAUCCAAGAAGAAGACACUGAUGGACGACUCAGAGGAUGAUAUUGAUGCCAUGGCUAAUGACAUCCUUGACUCUCCGGUCGGUAUUAGAGAUGAGGCUCCUGCUCCUCCGCGCAGCACAGCUAGUCGACCGUCGCGACGCACAACCACGAAGAAGAGUUACGUAAUUGAGGAUGACGACAGUGAAGACGGAGCGGAUAAUCAGGAUGAUUCGUUUGACCUGUCGGACUAA